AGGGCGAAGGACUUUGAUACACGGAAAUACAGGAAAGUGGCUCGCGAUUCGAACGAUAGGGAUAUAUGAGCAGGAGAUCAGGAGAAUUCCCUCUUCGCAUUCAUCACGAUCGGCCAUCCGGGACCCGGCGGCAGCGGCGGAGACUUUCAGUCGGGGAUUGCGUACGCAUCCAUGGUCUCCCAGCUCCAUCCCUUUUUCCUGGCUUUGCACUCUACUCUGCGUACUCUGCAAGCUGCAAGGCCGAUGAGACCCUUGGCUUUUGCCAGUUGGUUUGAUACCAAGGGAGUGGAAACAAAUGCCGUAUACGGUGAAUGCGUCUGUUUCGUGCCCUCUCUAUUCCCUCGCUCCAGCUCGCGGCGCACGUCGUCAUCGGUUCUCGGUGAACGGAAGGAGAACCACGCUCGCCCAGGUCUUCUCACAGCGUCGUCGACCUUGCUCAGUAUGGACCUGGCAGAGUGAAACGUCCUUGGGCCCAGGCCCGUAUCAUCAACUACGUCAUUGAUCUACCCGGAGCCGCCUUGGCUCGAUCUCUGGCUCGGCUUGCGAUGUUGAUGUCGAGGUUCGGGCUACGUCCAGCCAGAUUCGGAAGCAUUUGAUGGAAUGGAUAUCGCAGAUCGCAUAUUCCAAUUAUCAUAUUAUGCGUUUUAUCGUUGACACCGAUGCUCAAAGCGUUAG